UUCCGGCUAUGCACCGCUGACAGCGUCGCUGAUGGGGGUAACACCGCCGAUGGCCACCCUCUGGCGUUGCAGAUCGGUUGCGCGGCGACGCGCGGCGGUGAACUAACCGGCAGCGAGCAACUUGGUGACAGUGUCUCGGCAGACGCGCGCACAGCUGUUUGUGCCACCCUGCUGUCCCUGAUGCUGCGAGUUGGACCGGUGCCUUUUUCUCUCCAAUCGGAACUACUACACUAUCGCUUCCUGUUGUUGAAUAGUUAAAAACAAAAAAGAAAGUUAAAACAAAAAAAGAUCAUGGAUUUGUUCGGGUUGCUGCAUUUGGACGAGCUGUCCCACGGACUGGCAAACAUGUCCAUGUUUCCAUUCUUUGACAUGGCGCACUACAUCGUGUCAAUCCUGGCUCUGAGGGAGCAGCCAGGUGCUCUUGAGGUCUCGAGAGUCAGCCCCUUGGCCUGCUGGUUCAGCGCCAUGCUCUUCUGCUUCGGGGGGGCCGUGCUGUCCGCCGUCAUGCUGGCCGAGCCGGUUGUUGCACCUCUGUCCAACAGCACAGCUGUUCUGCUGGCUUCCAUCACCUGGUACCUGGUGUUUUACUGCCCCAUGGAUCUGGUGUACAGCUGUGCUGCCCUGCUGCCUCUCAGGCUGGUGCUGUCGGGGAUGAAGGAAGUGACCAGGACGUGGAAGGUGCUCGGGGGGGUCGCCCAGGCACACGGCAAAUACAAAGACAGUCUGCUGGUCAUGAUUGCCAUUGGGUGGGCUAAAGGUGCUGGAGGCGGUCUGAUAAGUAACUUUGAGCAGCUUGUUCGAGGUGUUUGGAAACCAGAGACCAAUGAGCUCCUAAAGAUGUCUUACCCCACCAAGAUCACCCUGAUCGGAGCGGUGCUGUUUGCUCUGCAGCAGACCCACUACCUGCCUCUCAGGACGCACCACCUGAUGCUCAUCUACACCGUCUUCACCGUCGUCAACAAGUCACGGAUGAUCCUGACCGGCUCCACCGGCUCACCGUUCGCCGUCAUCGAGUUGGCCAUCUACAAGACCCUCUUCACUGGCCACGCCCCUUGCGCCGCCCUCACCGGCGAGGUAGAGAAAGCGUGUCUCGAUCGCGAUGCGACAAACGGAACGGCCUCCCCGGCCGGAACCAAAGAGAAAAACACCCCGGUGCCUCCUGUCAAGGGAGGAAGGGGAUCGCUCAAAGCCAAAGAGGAGUCGGAGGACGGCGACACAACUAACUGCAAGAAGAUCAACUAGUCAGCCUUCGCCCCAAAGCGCCUUUUCACCUCCACGCAGGCUUGUCCAGUCAUUUCUGAUUCAGUCACGUCAGACCUCGUGUUUAUUUCUUUUCUCAAGACGUGUGUUCUUGUUCCGUCGAAACAAUAUUUAUCUACUUCAUUACUGAGAAUGCAAUCUGACUGCUGAAAUCUAAUUUUAUUAAGAGCUCCAAUCUGGCUGCACCUUAUUGUGGGAUACUCACCCCGUCCUUAAAGUGCUGUGUGCUGUUGGAAGUGAACAUCCUAUAUCCUCGGGCUGAUUGCACACUUUAGUACGUCGUUUAGCUUAAUUUUCAUAAUUAUUUAUGAGUGUUGAUCAUUUUGUGCUUGGGUUUUGGGAACAGUGCUGUGCACCUGCUGAUCUAUGAAUGUCUAUGGAUCUUUUUUUUCUGCUUCAUGUAAAUGCUGUAUUUCAUACUCUGAAAUGGUUAGAAAGAUAUUUUAAAAAAGAUUAUAUUCUAUAACACUCAGAUGUUUUAUUCUAUUCUAAACAAUUGCACUCUUGAAUGAACAUUUAAAAAUGGAAGACAAUCUGUAUUGUUGUCGAAUGCUUUGAAUUACACUUAAAAAAGCAUGAAAAUAAACGGGUUAAAUACA